GUGCUGCUGGUGCAUGCUGCAGUCUGCAGUCUGCAAAGGCUCUACCACUGACACGACGGAGCGAACAUACCCCUCAUUUAUCCAACGUCAAGCAUUCGUAGUGCUUACGCUGAUUUAUCGGUCAGCACCAUCUCCACGAUGUGUACUCGUACCGGGAAGAAAUAUAUUUUAAUGUGAUGCACGCAAUCCUCAUCUGGCGAUAUGGAGUCGUUCCUGUCACCGAACCAUCAGCCACCACAUCUACGGUACCAGUACAACCCCGCCACGCCAUCGCGCUUACAACCCCAACACAGACGCACAAUGUCUACUACCAGUUUUUGUGUUAGGCUACGAAUGGUCGAGAGAGACUGGAACAAGUUUCCAACAAAAAAAAAGUGUCGAGCUACGAAGUAUGCUGGACGCUGGUAGUAUCGCUCCACCAUCAUGCGCAAGCCUCAGGGGAAUUUACUGGGCAUGUCUUGACAUCAUGACCUGCAUCUUGAAAACUCCAGCGAUAUACUAACCAGACAAAAAUGCAUCGCUUGCUAUGUUGAGACUGAAAUUAUAUGUCUUCAUCGCAGUGGGGAAGUGACGACGGGGGUGUACCGCUCAUAGAGUGAGAGGGGAAAGCAUUGGUGCGGAAAGAGCAACAAAAUACAAAUAAUCCGACCUCAUCAGUCCAUCAGCAAACAUAUGCCACAUCGAUGUCUUCUGGAGGCGAAUUCCUCACCGUCAUACAGUAAUUCAUGGCAAAGUUCCUAAAUUGCUCUCAAAAAUCCGAUAUAAAAACAUCAGGGUGGGAAGCAUCAAAAAUAGCAAGAUUACGGACAUGUCAACGACGAGCCCAGAUCCAAAAAUAGCACAUUUACCGUUCCUGCGUAUCACGGUGGCGAGCGAACCAGCCACCCCUGACCAACGAUGGAUCGGGGCAUUCAAGACCAAAGACUAUCCAACGGGGAGAAAGGUUGAAAGUAACCCGGGUGCCAUCUGAACUUGCUCUGCAAAAUAGGGGCCGGAAAAUCCGGGAGAGGCACGAAAACCAAAGAGGAAAGAUGCCAAAGAAAAAUAGGGGUUCGCAGGAAGAUGGUCAUUUCAAUUGCUUUGUGCUUAGAAAUCAUGAGCGGCGGGAUCUGGAGGAACAGAAUUGCCAACGCGUGGCCUGGGGAUGAUAAAAUCAGGACCAUCCCUCGAGUCGGUGGUCUCGGUCGCUCGCUGUCGGUCUCGAUCCGACUCCUACCAGUUCACAGGUGUGAAGCUAUGACACUGCCUCAACACCAUGAGCUGGCAUUGGUGGUCUUGAAUCUCACUUCCAAUGCGCUCAUGGCGGGUUGCAGCGAAUUAUGCUGAACGCAAUGAACUAAGCCGCAAGUUGGCGCAAGCUACGAACGAUGCACGGAGUAAUCCAGUGUCUGACACAUGUCUGAUACUUGAUACACUGACAUCGUGAAGUGUCAAACGUUCUCCCGGGCAAACUAUUUUUGGGAGACGUGGAGUGGAUGAACCCUAAAUAGUCGCUCAGAGCGUCCAUAAUGUUCGAGGUUCGCGACCCGACUUUUCACUUCUCCCUCCGUACCUCCUCCUUUCCCUCUUCUGUGUCUUUCCACACCCUCCAGCGUUUUGCUCGCCGUAUAUAAAGUUGGGAAUUGACUCCCUAUUUGAAUAUCGACUAGAUAUUAACCGCCAUGCCAAUCCUUCCAGCCAUGCUCUUGGUCCCUGGACUUUCUGAUCUGAUUGGGAAAUUCAAAUGCUUGCUUUGAGCUAAUUCAAAGUUGAAUGAAUUCGUAUCUGCCGAGGCAAUAAUGUUUAUUGUGCGCGUUGUUGUUCAAGAACACAACUUGAUGGCGGGUUUUUCCCCCGGAGGCCUGUUCGGGACUGCGCCUCAGUAGGACGGAGGGCCCAGAAAUUGGUUAUUUGGAAAUUGGGGAGGAAGAUUGAGAUGAGAUGAGUUUCUUUGACCCCACCGCGGUCAUCACGUGCCGCAGUGAUCCUCGAUGUGAGGCUCGAUUUGGUGAAAGGAGGUGCGGCAUUGGAGAUGUUGAUCUUCGAUACGGUACCGGCGCCGAGCAGAUGAGAAACACGCAAUGUUGGGGAAUGGCUGUUUCCGUAUCCGAAUUUGGCAAUCUUUUUUUUUGGCGCCUCUCGAAUCUCAAGACUCUUCAGAGUCAAGACCGGAUGAAGUGACGUCGAGAGUUCAAAGCAGCUUAAUAUAGCGUAUACUUCUAUAGCGUGCAUCUUGGAGCUGAUAUAUGGAGUAAGUGGCAUUGGCAAUGGCCGUAUUCACGUCAGAUACGAGUGAGGAUGAAGCAAAGUCGAGGUUGGAGGAAGCUGAAGCUGGUCAGCAGACUAGGAGGACAAGCAACGGCGGACUAUUUGUGUACCAAUUUAUACCAGAAUUCUCGCAUACUCGGCGUGGUAGUUGGUUGGUGAGGCUUCCUUUCGCAGCUCCGCCAACCAACAUCGUACGCAAGGCCGAAUCGCAGAGAUGCUCUGCUCUCUCUUUUCUACUCUCUCACUCUCCUCUCUCGCUCUGCUCUCUUCUCCGCACCUCCAGGCGCUGAAGGGUGAUUCUCUAAAGACGCCAAUUCAGCGUGCAAAGUUCCGCAAUCUCCUCUGCCCAGCAUGGCUAAUUCUUGCCCAGCACUGAUUGCGUGGAUUUGCCCCGCGCAAAGACGAGCAAUGUGCCCUGCGGCCCCAUCACAGGCUGGCGCAUCCUCGGGGCCGUGAGGCUGCUCCCUGCCAAAGUCUUGGGCUUCGAAACGAGGAUCAGUUCCAGGAGCACCAUUUUAGUUUGAGCAUAACUUCACUGGACCUUCCACUUCCUGCUGCUCUCGCUCUCUCUCUCUCUCUCUUCUCUCCUUAGUCCGCCCAUUUCUUUGCCUGUGCCAGCAAACAACUCUUUCUCUCGCAUUUCUCGACGUUCUCUACAUCGUUGCUCAACGGAUCAACACCAACCACUAUUAUCAUUACACGUCCGGUCCCCUUUUUCCGACCCGACGCCGACAAAACAGAACAGAACAGACCGAGUGCCUGGUACCGUGUACGAGUGCUGCAUCUGAUUUUACGACUUUCCCCCCAUUGCGAUCGCUCUUAGACUUUCCUCCCUUUUUGUUGGCGCUAGACAUAGUAUAAUACACGGCGUACAACCUCCCUCAUCAUGAAAACUACAUACGCCUCGGUGGCCACGGCCGCCCUGGUCUUCGCCAAAUCAGUCGUCGCUGCUGAUCUCCCUCCAAUUAUCAUGAAGGUAUAUCACCAUCGGGCCCUUCCGUCCACAACAUAUCAGACUGACAGGAUGUGAUGAAUAGGGCUCCCACUUCUUCUACGAGAACGGUACCGAGUUUUUCCUCAAAGGCAUCGCAUACCAGCAAGAAGUCGGUCCCGCUGGCACCACCACCACUGAUGGCGCCUUCUUAGAUCCUCUGGCCGAUGAACCUGGAUGCACACGUGAUGUUCCUCUGCUCCAAGAGCUUGGUGUGAACGUGAUCCGUGUCUAUGCCAUCAACGUCACCCUCAACCACGACCCUUGCAUGAAGUUGCUGUCAGAUGCCGGUAUCUAUGUGAUCCAGGAUCUUUCCAACCCCAAGAACUCCAUCAUUCGAACCGCUCCAAAAUGGGACGUAAACCUGUUCGCAACCUACGCUGGGGUCAUUGAUGAAUUGUCUGGCUACACCAACACCCUCGGUUUCUUUGCCGGAAACGAGGUUUCCAACGAUCUGACCAACACUGAUGCAAGUGCAUUCGUCAAGGCCGCUGUCCGAGACAGCAAGGCUUAUAUCAAGAACAAGGGAUACCGACCAAUGGGUGUAGGAUAUGCUACUAACGAUGAUGCCGCCAUUCGUGACGAUUUGGUUUCAUACUUCAACUGUGGCGAUCCAAGCGAGUCCAUUGAUUUCUGGGGUUACAACAUCUACUCUUGGUGUGGUGACUCUUCCUUCACGGAAUCUGGUUACGACAAGAGAACCGAGGAAUUCAGGACCUUCAAUGUCCCAUCAUUCUUUGCUGAAUACGGAUGCAACACAGUUCAACCCCACCCUUUCACUGAAGUCGCUGAAAUCUUUGGUUCGAAGAUGACCGAUGUCUUCUCUGGUGGUAUUAUGUACAUGUUCCACCAGGAAGCCAACGAUUAUGGUAAGUAAUAUCUUCCUCCUUAAAACGGUCAUCAUGACUAACCCCCCUUUCAGGAGUUGUCACCAUCAAAGAUGGCCAAGCAAUCAAGCACCCAAGAUUCGAGGCCCUCAAGAAGCAAAUGACCGCCGUUAACCCCAAAAACACCCCCGCCUCCGAAUACAACAUCGUCAACACCAAGCCCUCCGACUGCCCAACCUCCAGCACCUGGAAAGCUUCCUCUAACCUCCCACCAAUCGCCAACUCCGAAGCCUGCGAGUGUAUGACCGCCUCCCUCACCUGCACUGCCAACUCUGGAUUGACCGGAAACCAAACCGCCGAGCUCUUCGCCUCCGUCUGUGGUACGGACCCCAAGGCUUGCGCUGGGAUUGAGGCCAACGGUACCACUGGUGUCUACGGAGCCUACUCCAUGUGCACUGGAUCCCAACAAUUGUCUUGGGCCUUCGACCAGUACUACAAGAACCAGAACAAGGCUUCCACCGCCUGUGCCUUCAACGGCAACGCCAAGUUGCAAACCGGCUCCGUCAGCUCUUCCUGCACUGCGCUGUUGGCCGAAGCUGGAUCCGAUGGUCUGGGUAAGGUCAAGACCGCUCCUACCUCUGCUGGACAAUCCUCUGGGGGUGCCAACGGAGCUGCGACUUCCAAGGCUGCUGCUGGUGCCUUGACGGUCCCUGCCGUUAACUUUGGCUUGUUGAGCUUGGGUGCGUAUGUCGUUGCGGCAGGUAUGGCUGGUAUGGGAAUGAUCCUUUUGUAGAUGAAGAAUACCUAAUCAAUCAAUCAAUCAAUCUUGACACUCUGGGGAAUUGGAGACAGAGGGUAGAGAGAAAGAAAGAGAGGGGGAGUCGUUGUUUUACCAGGACGGAAGGGAUGGGGGAUUUCUUGUACCUUUGUUGUAUAUAUUCCUGCCAAUUUUCCCUGGUUUUGUUAUCUUACUUUGGUCUUUGCAUACAGCAUCAUCUAUACUUUUUUUUCCUUUGUUUAGUUUUGCAUCUUUGCAUUUUUGGCGUUAUUCCUUCUUAAGCUUUAUACUUUCUUGUUUAUGUGGAUGGGGAGUGUUUGUUUGUUGUGGUUACUGCUGUUAUUUUGGUGGUUUGGUGGUGUGGGAUAUACCUAUCAGCCUUUGCAUUUUUUUUUAUUUUUUACGCGGAAUUUUGUAUAGUACAGUACAGUACAGUGCAGUAUCGUGUUUUAGUCCUUAUUUUGAGUGAUGUGGAAAUGGAAAAUGGAGAUUUUGUUGUUGUUUAUCGUAGAUUAAUUACCUUUUUGUUUGAAUGGGGUUUUUGAUCUUGUUUAUGUGAUGAC